UAUGUAUGAGUAAUUGCUUUCUUGAUCACGUCAUUACCAAAAAAAAAAAAAAAAACAUAACAAGUAAUGUGGUUAACUUUGGGCAUGUUGGCAAUGGCCAUGAGAAGCCGUGGUGGGCAUUCUUUAUUGAAACUUAUGAAAGGUGGCAACCCCAGUUAGCACACUCGAUGCUAUAGAAUAUCAGUUAGCAUCUAUGGUGUGAUUCUGUUGUGUUCAUUGCAGGGUCAGCUGGGAGGCGGCCAAGCCCUGUAUGGAAGACAAAUAUUUUCUUGCUUUCUGGCCCUAAUAUUGACAUCCUCCCUUCUCCCUCGGAUGUACAAAGACUGAAGAACCAUGGAUUAGGCAACCCAGUGAAUGAGGGGACAGGAACCACAAGCUCCAAAAUUAACCUGAAUUGGAGCUUGUCUGAACUGAAUAACUUUGUAUGUCAAAGUUACCCACACAUCAGCCUAAAUCUGGUUGGCUUUGAGUUGGCAAGAGCUGGAAAAGGACGAAAGUUAAAAAAAUUACAAGUGAAUUCUGUGAGGGAGCUGAAGGAAAAGGUUGGCAAAAGCAGACUCUACAUUCUACCACGAGCAGAUGUGUCACAGGAAACCGACUCAACCUCAGUAAUGUCCAGGAGUUUGUUUACAGAACCCUCAACUGCACCAGACGUGCAGGAUAUCUCUCCAGAGGCUGAGAGCACCAACAGCCAACAUUUAGGAGUAGAACAGACACUUCUAGAUUGGCGAUCUCUGCGGUCCCAGCAAGACAAAGAGUACGAGGAGUCUUUGUUAGCAGACCAAGAAAAUGAAAGGAGAAGACAGUGUUACAAGGCCUGGGAGGAAAGACGCAUAAAAGCAAUUGAAGAACGCCAGCAACGACUUGCACAAUAUAAAGAACCGUCAAGUGGACUGCUGUUGAAGUUCAAAUAUCCGAAUGGAUUUAUCAGAAAGAGAACUUUCAAUGUGUCUGACCCAAUUCAGGUCUUGUUUGACUUUGUUGGACAAGAUGAAAUGGCAAGUGAAAUAUUCAGUGUUCAACAAGCAACAUCAUCCAUACCAAUUGAGAGUACCUCGUCAGGCUCACUUAUGGAUCAUGACAUAACAACAUCUGCCACUCUGUACGUGCUGCCCAAUUCCUCAGAAACAUCAACUUUGUUCUCCUCCCAGGCACCUGUGUCCCAGCCCUCCACUCAAAUACAACCAAUUUUGCCGUCUUCUGAAGUUUCUUUGGUUGCAGCCUCAGGGCAGCCCCUCUCCCCCCACUAUAACCUAACUCCACAUGUGAUGACCAUUGAGGAACAGGCACCAGCUUCUCCAUUUACUGAGCAACCUAUAAUUAUACUGGAAGACCAAGAAGAGCCACCUGAGUCUCCACAACAUCCACCAGAGUUGCCUUUUUAUGAGACAGAUCUUCAGACCAUAUUAACAAAACUGUACAGCAAGGUUGAUAUGACCUUCUGUCCUACAAGCAACCAAAUAAAUGUGUGCAGAGACAGGAUUUUAGAAUGUAGCUUGCAUGCCUUCAGAAGACGCCGUUUUGAUCCAGCAGCAAAACUGGACGUUAUUUUUGUGGAUGAGGAGGGCAGCGCUGAAGGGGCAGUUGAUGAAGGUGGUCCCACACGAGAAUAUCUAAGACUGUUAAUGAGGGCAAUUCAUCAAUCUAAUGUCUUUGAGGGGCACGAGAAUGACCGCCACCUAGCUUUGGACACUAGUGCGCUGGAGUCAAAAAUGUACAACUGUAUUGGAAAAAUGAUAUCAGUCUGUUUGGUGCAUGGAGGCAUUGGACCACAUUUCUUCUCUCAAAGGCUGUAUGACCACAUUUGUGGCACAUUGUCUCAACCUACCCUGGUUGAGGAAGUUGUUAACCAUUCAUUCAGAGAGCAGCUGAUCAAAAUUCAGGAUGCAAACACAGUCGUGGAGGCAAACGAAGCCAUUAUGCAGGCAGCAGAUACCCUGAGCAUUGUUGGAGCAUUAAGGCGUGUAACUACUCUGGAAGAGAGGGACUCCCUUGUGCAAUCUGCUGCAGACUUCUUUGCAAAUGGCCGAGUGUGCACUGCAUUGCAACAGUUUGUGGAAGGUUUGAAGACUCUCAAUGUGCUAGAUGAGAUUCAGAAAAACCCUGCAGUCUUUCAUGAAUUGUUUGUCUGUGAGGAGAAACCACUCUCAGCACGGGACCUGUGCACACUUUUCCAAGUGUGUUUUUCUGUGCAAGGCAGCAAUAAAAGGAGGAUAGAAAAUCAAACCAUAUGCUACUGGAGAGACUGGUUGGUGGAUAUUGAAGUAGGAGAAUGCAGCCCCGUUACCCUUGAAAUGAUACUGGAGUUUGCUUCCGGAGCAUCCACGGUGCCUCCACUGGGCUUUCCCCAUCGUCCUCAAAUUGAAUUUCUCCAUGAGGCUAACAAAGUCUUCCCAGAAGCAAAUACUUGCCUUAUAGUGCUCCGCCUUCCUGUACACUCAGACUAUGAGUCUUUCACAAAGUACAUGAAAGAGGGGGUGCUGCAGUCACCUACCUUUGGUGUUGCAUAAUAAGCCAAUAAGUGUAAUAAGCAGUUCUUUUAAAAAAGAGUUGGAAUGUUUUGAAAAGUUAAGUGUUUUAAAGCAAGUUAUAGUAUAGGUAAUGUAAUGGACAAACUUGGAAAAUAUUGAAAUGUAAAUAGAAUAUUUGCAUUUUUUAUUUUUUUGCAAAUAGAUGUCUCUUUUAACCACUUUUUGGUUUCACAAAUUUAAAGGUGUUUGAGCCACACUGCAA